AACAACAUAGAUUUAGAACAAUAUAGAUUUAGAACAAUCUGUUAUAAACGGACAUGUUAUAAACGGACAAUAAUAAUACGGUAGAGAAUGCACUUUACCCCACACGAGUCACAACUUGAACACUCGCCAGGCAUUCCCUUCCCAGAGCCGCCGAGGUCACACCCGAAUGAGCAAAGCGCAGAGGCGUCGAAGGGACUUGUUGUUAAUGUAGGCUCCCGUAGUUCAGCUCGAUGUGGUUAUGGGUGGUGGCCUGACAUAACGAAAUAGCGGGAGUCUCUGGUAACAUUGUUGCUUCUACUCUCACACCACGGAACAUUUUUGCAGCUCCUCGAGUUUUAGGUCCUACUGUACUAAACUGAGACCUAGAGAUCACGUAUUUUUUGGAACCGUGGGCGUCUGUGACGGAAUCAAAACAACAAUGCAGAGUGGCACCAAUAUAUCCGAGACAGCCAAGGAGUUAAGUGACGCAGUGUCUGUGUCUUUAGGUUUGAGUUCGCAGUUAAACGAGAUAGUGGAUAAUGGACGGAGCAACACUGCAUUCUCUGUAGACAGCGGCCGAAAUUACGGAAACCGUUUCUCCGUCUCGGAGGAGUCAUCUCUAGAGUUUGGAGCUGGCGCAAGUAUGACCUCAGAGUUAACUACCCAGAUGCCGAGGAAAACGAUAGUAAAAUCAAAUUAUCUCGGUCCAUCGUUCGAAGUAAAUCAAGACAUUUGUGGACUAAAUUAUGUGGGGUUUUUACAGAACCUGGAGCUCGAAAUGGACAGCGAAUGGAACGUGACAAGGCCUACGCACGAUUUGGAGAUGGCCCGAGGUUUCCAUAAAAACUCGGACAUGUUUGUGAAUCUGGAUAACGGUAACGUAGUGCCCUCUCAGUAUGACGAAAUGUUACCUUUAAGUUCUCCAUUACGUAAAGACUCCCCAAACCCGUUAUUCGGUAGGGACCUUCCGGACCCAUCGACCGUCAAUGACCUCAUCCAAAGCAGCCGUAACAUCAAAACCGAACCAGGGCACGAGGGAUCCUGUCCGGUGGCGGGUGGAUCUUGGUUCUGUAAAUAUUGCGACAACGGAAAUUGCAUGUCUCGUGGAGCACGUAAACCCUUUCCCUGUUCCUCGUCCCCUGGGGUUAACUGUCAGGACUAUGAUUCUGGGAUGCCACAGGAGGUUCAUGUCCAAGCGCAAAGUUACCAAAGUGUGAUGAUGCGUGAAAGGGCUCUCCAAGUGUAUCACUCCGCUAUCAAUAAGGAGAGUUCUGGAUGGCUGGGUGCUGACUCCAGCUUGAGAUGUGAGGAUAUGUUGCCAGUGAGGGUGUAUUUCUCAGACCGGAGGGUGUGUAAGGUAUGUGGAGACGAGGCGUCAGGCUGUCACUAUGGAGCUGUUACCUGUGGGAGCUGCAAGGUGUUCUUCAAGAGAGCCGCAGAGGGUAAGCAGAAUCAGUUGUGCGCCAGCCGUAACGACUGCACCAUCGACAAGCUGAGGAGGAAGAACUGUCCUUCCUGUCGUCUCAGCAGAUGCUUCCGGUCUGGAAUGAGCCUCAAAGGCCGGAAGCUGAGGGGAGCUGGCCCGCUGAAAGGAGGAGUGGAGGGGACAAUACAAUCACCUGUCAGAGAGAGGACUGGAGAGAGGGAAGGAGAGAGGACUGGAGAGAGGGAAGGAGAGAGGACUGGGGGCCUAGAGUUAGCCACCACUUCCCCACAGGCUCAAUGCUGUGCUGCCCCGCAGGCUCCCACUCUUGGCCCCUCCCCCAGCCUGCACCCCUCCCUCCUCAAUGUCCUGAGUUCCAUCGAGCCAGGAAUGAUCAACGCAGGCCAUGACACCUCCCAGCCGGACUGUUUCUCUUCCCUACUGUCCAGUCUCAACGAGCUAGGAGAGAGACAACUGGUGUCUGUGGUGAACUGGGCUAAAGCCAUGCCAGGUUUCAGGGAGCUGCAUGUAGAAGACCAGAUGUCAGUGAUCCAGUCUUCGUGGCUGGGGUUGAUGGUGUUCGCUCUGGGCUGGAGAUCCUAUACUAACUCUGAUGCCAGAGAGCUCUACUUCGCUCCUGACCUCAUCUUCAAUGAUCAGCGGAUGCAUGUGUCCAGUAUGUAUGAACACUGUGUCCGGUUCCGUCUGCUGUCCCAGAGGUUCUGUGUGCUCAGAGUCACCCAGGAAGAGUUCCUCUGUAUGAAGGCUCUGCUCCUCUUCAGCAUCAUCCCUGUGGAGGGUCUGAGGAAUCAGAAGUGUUUUGACAAGCUGAGGAUCUUUUACAUCAAGGAGCUGGAUCGUCUGGCCAGCCACCAUGGAGAAAAACACCAUACACAACGUCUGUUCCAGCUCACACAGCUACUGGACUACCUACACCCGAUUGUGUGGAAGCUGCACCAGUUCACCUAUGAUCUGUUUAUCCAGGCCCAGUCUCUGCCCACCAGAGUCAGCUAUCCAGAGAUGAUCUCUGAGAUCGUCAGCAUUCACGUGCCCAAGAUGCUCACAGGCAUGGUUCAGCCAAUCCUCUUUCACAAUGCACCUUGCUAGAGGGUCUUCCUAUCACAAUUCAUACUAAAAGAGGGACAGACAAUAACAAAACACCCCGCUAGAGGUUCAGUGACUAAUUAGGAACUCAGUCAGGGUCUCAACUUCCUUUUGAGAGUUAGAAUAGUAGAAUACAUAAGGUGAAAUUUAGACAUUUGGUAGUUUUUCUUGUAAUGUCAGUCACUGACAGUCACUAAAUUAGCCCAUGUCAGCUACCAUUUUUUAGAUUGGUAAGUUAGCCUAGCCAGCUAUCUUUUAUUUGAUUUAACCUUAUUUUUUCUAGGCAAGUCAGUUAAGAACAAAUUCUUAUUUACAAUGACGGCCUACCCCGGUCCCAAUCACGGCCGGAUUGUGA